AUGAAUAGUCCUAAGAAAAAUGAUGAUCCAUUAAUGAGAUUAAAUCAUGAUGAUAAUGAUCAUAAUAAAUCGGAUAUUACAUCUUCUAAAUUGAUAAUAAAACAACAUUUAAAUAAGGAGCCAAAAUUAAAAUUGAUCAAUAAUUAUAAAACAAGUUUAAUCAAAUCAAGGAAACGUGCUAUUGAAUUACUCAAAGCACAAAAUACCAUACCUCAUUUAUCAGAAAUUCAAUGUUCUUAUGAAUUAUUGAAUCAACGUUAUAAUUCUUUAAUACAACAAUAUCAAGUUAUGAGAAAAUUGAAAUUAACAGCGGAACAAUCAAAUCAUGAAUUGAAUAAUGUAAUUGAAUCAUUAAGUAAUAUGUUACAUAGAAGUCGUAAACAAAAUAUUCGAACUAAACGUACAAUUGAGAGUAUUAAAAUGCAUUUAAUCAAACUGUAUAACACCAUCAAACAAUUGAAUAUAGAUAAUAAUCAAUCUGAGAAUAACACAUCACAAUCAUUGGAAAAUAUGAAUUCUAAAAAAUUCAUAAAAGAAUUCUCUGAUAAUAUUAUUCAUCAACUUCAAGGAGCAAUAGAUCGUAAACGGAUUGAACAUAACAACAUGAAGAAUAAAAUUAAUACACUUGAAAAUGAAACAAAACGUCGACGUCAAUGCAUUGAAGAAUUGAAAAUACGUCUUCAAUGUGUACUUGCUGAACAAAUAGAUCUUCGAAAUGAAUUAUUAACUAAAGAAAAAAUGAAUGAACAUUUAAAAUUCUCUGAAAUUCAAUUAAAACAAACUAAAAAAUGUCAACAUAUUCAAUUAACUAUUUUAAUUCAUGAAAAAAAGAAUCUUCUAGAAAAUUUCAAUCAAUUAAAACAAUCUCAUCAUCAUUUAAUGAAUCAAUUAAAUCAAUUAAAAGCGGAUUUUUUAAAUUUGCAAAAAUUGAAAAAUGCAAAAAAUUUUCCCAUAGAAAAAUCAGAGAAUCAAUUAGUCAAACAAGGGAAACCAUUCAAUCGUAUUUGUGCUAAUAAUCGUAUUGACCAUUUAGAAAAAUUCAUUAUAAUAUUGGCAAAUGAAUUAAUUAAAACAAUUAAAACGAUUUAUCAAUUACGUAAUCAUCCAUUAAUGAUGACAACUAUGGUCAAUACAACAAAUGAAUUAUGUAACAAAUAUACAACAUCAGUUAAUGAUAAUCCAAAGUCUACAAUAAGUCAAGAUAGUUUACAUGUAGCUAAAAUGAAAGCAGCUGAAAUUCUAUGUUUAUCAUUAAAUGAUUUAGAGAAAUUAACAUUUCUAGAUAAUGAUAAUCAUCAUAAUGAUCAACAAGAUCUCACUAUUGGCAUUAAUGAUCAUCAUCCUGAUGAUCCUGAUCAUAUCGACUUAACAAAAAUUGAACCGAUCAAUUCAUUCAAUAAUAAAACGAAACAAUUCAAUCAAUGUGGAAUUCUUUCAAAAUUCACUAUGAAUUCAUAUAUAGACAAUUUAACAAAAUGGCCUAUACAAUGUGAAAGAUUAUUAAAAGAUUAUCCUUUUUCAAAGAAGUUAGUGGAAGAAUUUUCAAUGAAAUUAAACGAUUUGGUUGAGAUUGUCACCAUAUUUUUUGUAAAUGAAAAAUAUACUACUGAAGAAUAAUACUGAACAAUUUAUGAGUAUUAUGCUAGAUAUAAUGUAUAUCAUUAUUUCGUAAUUAAAUUUUGUUUUCCGU